UUUGCCGCCAAAAUCUGAACAUGGCUCCGGAUCGAAUGCAUAGCAAAGUGGUUUCUGCCUUUAAAUUGCGGGGCUACCUGCUCCGGGGUGAAGCCACUAAAUAUCUCACUGAAGCUCUUGAGCUUGUCCCUGAAUUAAAGCUUGAAGAUGCAUUGGAAAGUAUCAUUGAUGCUGUUGAAAAGCAGCCUUUGUCAUCAAAUAUGAUUGAACGAUCUGUAGUGGAAGCAGCAGUCCAGGAAUGCAGUCAGUCAGUAGAUGAAACUGUAGAACAUAUUCUUAAUAUCAUUGGUGCAUUUGAUGUUCCACACUUUGUGUAUAAUCCAGAAAGAAAGAAAUUUCUACCGCUGCCAAUGACCAGUCACCCUUCACCAAAUUUGUUUGGGAAAGCAAGAGACAAAGCAGAAGUGUUUCGUGAACGUUACACCAUUUUAUGGCAGAGAACGCAAAGACAUGAAUUGUUUACUCCUCUAGCAACAGGUGCUCAUCCUGAUGAAAGCAGAAGCAAAUUCCAGCUUAAAACAAUAGAAAUCUUAUUGGGCAGUACUGCCAGAAUUGGAGAAGUGAUUGUUCUUGGGAUGAUAACUCAAAUGAAAGAGGGGAAAUAUUUCUUGGAAGAUCCUACAGGAACAGUGCAAGUGAAUCUUAGUAAAGCCCAGUUUCACAGUGGUUUAUAUACAGAGUCAUGUUUUGUCUUAGCAGAAGGUUGGUUUGAAGAUCAGAUUUUUCAUGUUAAUGCCUUUGGAUUUCCUCCCAUUGAACCUUCCAACACUACUAGAGCGUACUAUGGAAAUGUAAAUUUUUUUGGUGGACCAACUUCUACAUCUGUAAAGGCUUCUGCAAAACUAAAACAUUUGGAAGAAGAGAAUGAAGACACUAUGUUUGUAUUGGUGUCUGAUGUUUGGUUGGACCAAGUAGAAGUAUUAGAAAAACUUCACAUUAUGUUUUCUGGUUAUUCUUCUGUACCUCCAACCUGUUUCAUCUUCUGUGGAAAUUUUUUAUCUGCACCAUAUGGGAAAAAUCAUGUUCAGUCAUUGAUAGAUUCUCUGAAGGCUCUCGCAGACAUAAUAUGUGAUUAUCCUAAUAUUCACCAAAGCAGUCGUUUUGUGUUUGUACCUGGGCCAGAAGAUCCUGGACCUGGUUCUAUUUUACCAAAGCCACCACUUGCUGAAAGCAUCACUAAUGACUUCAGGCAGCGAGUACCAUAUUCAGUUUUCACUACAAAUCCCUGCAGAAUUCAGUAUUGCACACAAGAAAUCAUUAUCUUUCGUGAAGACUUGGUGAAUAAAAUGUGCAGAAAUUGCGUCCGUUUUCCUAACAGCAACAUGGAUAUUCCUCAUCAUUUUGUAAAGACUCUCUUAUCGCAAGGACACCUGACUCCUUUACCACUUUAUGUCUGUCCAGUGUAUUGGGCAUAUGAUCAUACUUUGAGAGUGUAUCCCGUUCCUGAUCUACUUGUCAUCGCAGACAAAUAUGAUCCUUUUACUAUUACCAACACAGACUGCCUUUGCAUAAACCCGGGCUCUUUUCCAAGAAGUGGAUUUUCAUUCAAAGUUUUCUAUCCUUCUAAUAAGACAGUAGAAGACAGCAAACUUUAAGACUUCUGGGAUUCUCUAAGAAGAAGCCUAAUUUGCUUAACUUGAUUUAAAAUGCUAUAAAAAUUAUGUUAAUCUUCAGAAAGAAAUUUUAUAUGACAAAAAGUUUCAGUACAUUAUGUGCCUACUAUGUACCAGACACUAGAUAAACUAUGAGGACACAAAUAAGAAAGUCCCUUUCUCCAAGGAGCUUACAAUGUGAUAAAAGUAGACAGCACACAAAAGGAAGCUGAAAGGCAAUAAGGAGGAGUAUCAUCUUGUUCCAUGGAGUGGAAACCAAGUAGAGUAGUUGAUGAAAAAUGGGAGUUACCUUGAAAAUUCUGAGCCUUUUUAUCAACAAUGACAAAAUAAAGUAUUUCAAUUUUAUAUUUAAUAAUAAUAUUAAUCCAAUACAUUUUUUAUAAAACAUGAAAUAAGUAUACAAUAGUGUUAAUAAAAACUAAAACCAACCAUAUCUGAGUCAUUUUAAUGAGUUUUCUUGUAUUUUCCAUUAUUGUUGGUACAAAUUAAUAAAAAAAAUUUAAGUAAUUUCCAUGGUUUCAUUGUCUCUAGACUAUAUUUGAAUUAUAACGUUCCACAUAUAAGCCCAUUUAAUAGCAAAAAACAAAAUUACAGAAUACUCCCUUUAAGGAAGUAACAAACUGGGAAAACAUCUUUACAAUUAAAGGUUCUGAUAAAGGCCUCAUUUCCAAAAUAUAUAGAGAACUGACUCAAAUUUAUAAAAAAUCAAGCCAUUCUCCAAUUGAUAAAUGGUCAAAGGAUAUGAACAGACAAUUUUCAGAUGAAGAAAUUGAAACUAUUACCACUCACAUGAAAGAGUGUUCCAAAUCACUAUUGAUCAGAGAAAUGCAAAUUAAGACAACUCUGAGAUAUCACUACACACCUGUCAGAUUGGCUAAGAUGACAGGAAAAAAUAAUGAUGAAUGUUGGAGGGGAUGCGGGAAAACGGGGACACUGAUGCAUUGUUGGUGGAGUUGUGAACGAAUCCAGCCAUUCUGGAGAGCGAUCUGGAAUUAUGCCCAAAAAGUUAUCAAACUGUGCAUACCCUUUGAUCCAGCAGUGUUUCUAUUGGGCUUAUACCCCAAAGAGAUACUAAAAAAGGGAAGGGGACCUGUAUGUGCCAAAAUGUUUGUAGCAGCCCUGUUUGUAGUGGCUAGAAACUGGAAAAUGAAUGGAUGCCCAUCAAUUGGAGAAUGGCUGGGUAAAUUGUGGUAUAUGAAUGUUAUGGAAUAUUAUUGCUCUGUAAGGAAUGACCAGCAGGAUGAAUACAGAGAGGCUUGGAGAGACCUACAUGGACUGAUGCUAAGUGAGAUGAGCAGAACCAGGAGAUCAUUAUACACUUUGACAACGAUAUUGUAUGAGGAUGUAUUCUGAUGGAAGUGGAUUUCUCUGACAAAGAGACUUAACUGAGUUUCAUUGGAGAAAUGAUGGACAGAAACAGCUACACCCAAAGAAGGAAUACUGGGAAAUGAAUGUGAACUAUUUGCAUUUUUGAUUUUCUUCCCAAGUUAUUUUUACCUUCUGAAUCCAAUUCUCCCUGUGCAACAAGAGAACUGUUCGGUUCUGCAAAUAUGUAUUGUAUCUAGGAUAUACUGCAACAUGUUUAGCAUAUAUAGGACUGCUUGCCAUCCUGGGGGGGGGGGGGGAGGAGGGAGGGAGGGGAAAAAACGAAACAUAAGUGAUUGCAAGGGAUAAUGUCGUGUAGAAAUUAUCCUGGCAUGGAUUCUGUCAAUGCGAAGUUAUUAUUAAAUAAAAUAAAAUUUAUAUAUAUAAAAAAAAAAAGAAUACUCCCUUUAAAAUAAGUUCUAUUUUCAAAAAGCUGUGAGAUUACCAUUUCUUCUACAUGGCUUCACUAAUUUGUUUUUCACUUCCACAAACUUUAAGCUUCCUUUCUGAUUAAGAACUUCACACUAUUUUUUCAUCUUUUUGAAAAGAUACACAAACAGUCUUGCUAAAUAUGUAAAUCUUCAAAGAUAGGCAAUUA